AUACAGAAGUGGUCACUCAUUAGGUUUGUGGUCUUGCUUGCUUUUGUGGCUCAUAAAAACUCCAAGGUGUUAAUUUUAGUCGUCCAUAAACAGCCAAAAAGCCUUUGUGGUAGCUUAUGGCUACGCGUCUGUAAUAAAGAAACUUUUUUUUUGGUCAACAGUGUGACUCUCAGCUGUUUUCAUUUCUGCUCCUUUCCUAGAAUAUGCUCACAGACUUUGAAAAGAGCAUGCUUUUUUUGGCUAUCAGUUUCUAAAUGCUGAUCCGCUGACAGAAGGAGAGAGGAGGCACAGCUUAGUGAAUGAGAAAUCCUCCACUUCACAGCAUCAGUCUGAGUGACCUCAAGUACUGAUGAUGGGAUGAUCAGCUGAUUCACCUCACGGCUCAAACAUUAAGCAGGCCCUCAUUUAAAAUUAUUUAAAACCUUCCAGAUGGCUGACUAUAAAAGUGGUAAAAAAAAUGUUAUAACAUGUUUUAAGAAAAGCAUUCUUUAUUUUACUUAACUGAAUAUCAGUGAAAUUACUUUGGUUGAUAAAUUCAAUCAUUUAAUCAUAAAUCAUGUAAUAUUCUCAUCUAUGUAGCCUACAAAUCUGUGUUAUUAUGUCUGAUAAAUGAGGCUGUCUUUCACAUUCUUGUAAUCUGAUCAAUAAUCCAUCACAGAGCAGCAUUUUGGCGUCAUUAAUGUAGGAACGCAGCCUCAGUUGUUCACAUCAGAUCAUUAUUGACACUCCAGACCAGUAGGUGGCGGUACUGCAGUUUGGAACAUACCCCGCUAAAGGCGGAAGUAAAGUAACAUAUACAGCGCUGGUAGUGAACACACGUGGGUACACACAAGUUUGUGAAAGUAAUGCGGUAGAGUUUUCUAAUGAAACAUGUCUAAAAGGCAGAGAACAGUGUCGGAAGAAAAUGUCGCUGCUGAUGCGGGACACGCAGAGGAGGAGGUUCCGGAGACAAGAAGGACCCGCAGCGGCCGUAAAGUGCGCACUCCAGCCGCACUGCUAGACUCAGAAGUCCCAGCGAGGACCCCAACCCGGAGGACGAGGAGGUCUGUCAUCCAGCAGCUACCGGCGGUGGAUGAGAAAAACGCUGAGGCAGAAGCGCGGAGACCCGAGACUGUGGUCGAGGAGGAGCUCAGUAUGUCUGUCGAGCCGGUCCCGUGUGCUGUGCCAGAGCCGGCGGAGCCGCUCACAGAGGCGGCUGUGGACUCACCCACGAACGGCGUCAGUAGCAAUGGAGACGUUCAUGUCUCCUCGUCUGCACCAGCAGAAACGGCACCCAAAGCUUCCAGAAGCAUCCCGGAGAAGAAGCCUCGUUUGGGUUCAGGUGGAGAACAGAAAAAGGUGAUACCUCUGGGGAAACCCAAGUCAGGGAGAGUGUGGAAGGACCGCAACAAGCAGAGGUUCUCUGCCCUGGUCAGAGAUAAACAGCUGUGCUCUUCAUGGGAAAAGAAAAUGCAGGCUAAGCGAGAAAAAGAUUUGGUGAAACAGUACACAUUACAGCUCAAGGAGGAGAAAGCCAGACAGAAAGAAGAAAAGAGGAAAAGGAGAGAGGACAAUUUGAAACGACGUGCUGAGAAUGAACGCAAAGCAGAGAUUGUUCAAGUGAUCAAGAACACAGCCAAGAUUAAGCGGAUGAAGAAGAAACAACUCAGAAAAAUCGAGAAGCGAGACACGCUGACUCUGCUGCAGAAGUCACAGACGAAGAAUGCAAAUGCCAAAGGGCAGAAGAGUAAAAAGUUUGACAAAGAUCAGAACCAAAAGACUGUGAGAUAAUAUAAUGCCGCCUGUUCAGUACUUUGCCUCAUUGUCUUUUUCUGUCUACAUUGAUGUAUGGCAUUUAAAAAAGCUUGGUGUGGUAUUUUCAGAUUAACUACAGAAACUUUGUAAGCAGACAGGUAUUACUAGGUAUUACUACCUUAGGUAGCAUAAAAAUCUGAUAAAGCUGCUCUAUUUAAAUUCUGUAGUCUCUUUUAUAAACAUCAGCUGUCACGUGUCAUCUGUUUGUGUGAGGUAAAUGUUUCACAACCAAUCAAAGGACCAUCGCAUCUCUUCCAAAGUCAAUAAAGAACCAUCAGUCAUAUAAAACAGACACUUUAAAGUGGAUGGAUAUAAAGUGGGAUCAAAAAUGA